AAAGACAGAAACCUCAGAUGUUCUUCAGAGGAUCAACACCUUCCUACUGUAAGUCCACAAACAAACUUUUAUACUUGGGUUUUGAAUGUCAGAUGAAUUAAAUAUUUGUCAUGAAGCUCAGUUUGCAUUAAUGCUGACUGUCAGGCAGCAGCAGGUAAAUGUAGUUAUUAGUCUCCUCCAUGAUCUGGAGGAAGUUAAAAGACGUCCAACAAGAAUGAGUGAGGCUGACUAGAGGAUGAAUCAUGUGCAUCAGAAAAAACACUUUAAAGUGUUUAAAUCAUGAAAACAAGAAUAAAAUCAGACAACAGACAGUAAAAACGUCUGCAUCAGAUUUAUCACCUCCACUCCUCUGAUCUGUGUUCUUACCCUGAAAUAAACAUGACGGUGAAGGUAAAGAACAAGCUGAUGAAGAACACAGUGAAGUGGUGGAAGGAAAAGAACUUCCACUGACAGGAUGCUGCUUUUAUUCAGUUGUGUCUCAUUAAAACUGAGGACUUCAGCCUCCAGCUACAAGUUCUCCUGUAAAUGUACAACAACAGAACUUUCUACCACAAACGGAGCUACACAAUCUGCUGUGUUGCACCGAAACUUAAAAACUGACGGAAAAAUGAUGUAAAAACUUUACUUUGAUUCUCCAGAAGCGCUGCUCUGUUCAGGCUGAUGAACAAUAAAAUGUAUUUGCUGAUAAACUGUGAGCGUGCAGACGUUUGGCUCAAAUAAGACUCAGUAUGAUCCUGAACUUAUGAAGUAAAGUGGACAGAAAACACCAGAGUUUGUAGUUUGUAGCUGUUGUUGAUGGUCUGAAGGAGGAACUUUAGUUUGUGGACGAGCAGAAAAAAAUAGAUUUGUGAAAAAAGACAGAAUUCAUACUUGUUACUUAUUAAACCCUCAUAAACCAUAAAAUGCUGAGUGAAGGAAACUUUUCCAUCAGUGUGGAUUAUUGAGAUGUUUCUACUGACACGUAUCAGAUGAAGUUUGGACUCAGUUUAUCAUCUGCAGAAAGAUUUAUUUCUGCUGAUAAUUCUAACAAUCAUCACUGUGAGCUGUGCUGAGGUCGUGGUUCUUCCUGUCUGUAGUCAGAAUCUGGGUUUCAUUGACUGAUCAGGUCUUUACUGUGUUUAAUCUGCUUCUAUGACAUCACUACUGCUGUUUGGAAGAAGAUUCAAAGGUUGGAAGGUUUAAUAAGCAGCUGUGUGUUUUAUUAUAAAAGCUUGUUGAUCCACACUGUUGACAAAUGUGCAUCUUUAAAAAGCCGUCAGAUAAAUGAAGUCAAAAAAACGAUAUUUCCCUCUGAGAUGUAGAGGAACAGAAAGAGAAAGUAUCAGAGAAUAAAAAGACUCAGUAAUAAUGAUAAUUAAAUGCAGUCAUUGUGCAGCAAUUUACCUUCACUUGGUUCUUUCAUUGUGAGCUGUAGUGGAAAGUAACUAAGUACAUUUACUCAAGUAUUCUGGAACAGUAGAGAGUUAAAAACUGGCAGCUGGACUUGACAGGUUAUUAAUAUAUUUUUACAGUUUGACAGAACUUAAUUAGUGAAUUAUUGUGUAACUGAUGACUGGGUUUCAUUGAUUGAUCAGGUCUUUACUGUGUUUAAUCUGCUUCUAUAACAUCAUUUCUGUCUUUUAAUGCGGCUCUUUUCAAACACGUUGUGACUGAAUCACUCUGCAGGUGCUGCUUUCACUGAACUCUGGAAAAUCCAGUUGAAGUUUCUGUGAACCAGCAACCUGCAGAACCAUUAAAGCUGGACUCAUUUUACUCUCAGGGUGAUUCAGGUUUUGAUUUUAUAUCAUCUGUCCUUGUAUUAGUUUAUUUAUUUAUUAUUUUUGAAAUACUCAGAUUUAUGGUUUCACUGUUUUACAAACUUCACUCUUUAAUAUUUUUGUUGUUAUUGUGAUCCAAGUUUCUUGUUUGUGUCCCGACAUCUUUUAUUCUCUUUGACUACACAGUAAAUGAGGCCUCCGUACUUCAUUGUGUUCUGAGUUUAAAUAAAGGUUGAGUUCAUGAAAUGAAGAAACUUCAGCAUCACACACUGAGAACUUUGCUGAGUUUUAGAUAAAAGAGGUCCGUUUCUACAUUUACUGUUUUUUACCAAAACAAAUCUUUUCUACAGAAACUCAAACUAGAAUUUCACCGUCUGUAUUUUCUAAUGCUGAUAUAUUUUUACGAGUUCAGAUUUUAUUGACACUAAUUUCAGUCCACAAAGAUGCAGCUACCAGGUUUGUCACAGAAACACAGUUUGAGCUUCUGAAACGCAGCGACUCGUGUUCUGGUAGCAACGUUAGCGCUGCAGCUGCAGUUAGUGCAGAGAAAGACUUUAGUUUUUCUACUGGAACGUCAACACACUUUAAAGACAGAUGAGGAGUUUAACAACCAGUCAGAUGACUUCAUUCUAGUUUAUGAUGGUGACAGAAUCUGUAUUUUAUUCCUAUCUGAUGCUAACUUCAUCAAACGUCGCUGAGCUUCUACUUUUUCUGUGUAGAUCUUGUGCUGCUGCUGUCCUGGACAGACCUCCUUUAGAAAAGAGCUUCCUAACCUCAGUGGGACUUACCUGGUUAAAUCAGAAACAGGAAGAUACAGUAUGGACAGUCAGGACUCAUAAAAUGUGUCUCUACUAAAAACCAUAUUUGCCACAGAUGUAUUGAAGUUUCUUGGUGUCAACAGAAUCAUUUUCCUGCUGCUGUUAAAACUCACCUGAAGACUAAACUCAACCAGUUUUCAGUCUCCUUUGUCGGGUCUUCACUGUUUCUACAGAAACUACUUCAACCUGCAUGAAAUGUGCUGAAACCAAACAUAUCAACAGGAACUGAUCCUUCUCAUUCACAGAGAAACAAUCACACACAUCCACAGGUCACAGAGUAACAUCUUAUUGAGGCUUUUUAGAGCUUUUUCUCUCAGCACAGCUGCCUCCUGCAUCUGGACACGACUCUGAAGAACAACAGUGAAGUUGUAGCAGGACAGCUGGAGAAUGACUGUAGUCUGAAACUAUUCAGGUUACAGACCAACAACAAAACAGAGCAACAGGUUGGACAGCAGAAGAGUUCAGAAGUGAACUAAGCAGCUGUUUUCUGUCUCCACUUCAGACUGAGUGAUGGACUGUGAAUCUGGAGGGACGAUGGAGGUGGCGGCACUCGGCCGACCCUUCGGCCUCGGGAUGCUGUACGACUGCCGUAAAGACUCACUGAUCCCUGGAAUAACUCUGUGGGACCAUGUUGGCCUGGAGGAACAUCUACGAGAACGACCACAGUCAUACAAUGAAUUUGAAAUAGUUGCAUCUGAAUCAAUUGAGGACAAAUCUUCAGCACUAAAAGUUAACACAUCACUGAAGGCAAGUUUCUUGGGUGGACUGGUUGAAGUUUCUGGAUCUGCCAAUUACCUCAAUGACAGUAAGUCUUCUAGAAAUCAGGCCAGAGUAACACUGAAGUACAAGGCAACCACAAAGAUGCAGGAGCUGUCCAUGGAUCAUCUUGGAAGAGGCAAUAUGAAGCAUCAGUAUGUUUUUGAGCAAGGUUUAGCAACACAUGUGGUCACAGCCAUUCUUUAUGGGGCACAAGCCUUCUUUGUGUUUGACCGUGAGGUGUCUGAAAAAGAAAACCAUCAAGACAUUCAGGGAAACAUGAAAGUGAUGAUCAAAAAAAUCCCCUGCCUUUCUAAAGAUGGUGAUGGUUCCCUGAAAAUGGAAGACAAGGACAAAAACAAUCUUGAUAAAUUCUCCUGCAGAUUCAUUGGAGACUUUUGCCUUCAGAAAACUCCUACAUCCUUUCAGGAAGCAGUAGAAGUCUACCAAAGUCUGCCAACAUUACUGGGAGCCAACGGAGAAAAGGCUGUACCAAUGAAGGUCUGGUUGUUGCCACUGACUAGUUUAGAUUCUUCUGCUGCCAAACUGGUCCGUCAGAUAAGCAUAAGAUUAGUUCAAGAAGCACAGAGAGUCCUGGAGGAGUUCAGUGAGCUGGAAAUGAGGUCCAAUGAUGCUCUGAGAUCCACCACUGCACAGCAUUUCCCACAGAUUGGAGAAAAGAUUAAAGGUUUUAAAGAGAUGUGCUCUGAGAACAAGCUGGAAUUUCAACGAACCUUAGCAAAGAAACUUCCAUCAAUCCGAGGAGGAGGAGAAGAAGAGGCUGAGCUGGCAGAGAUCCUGAAGAAGAGACAUUCUUCACCUUUCAACAGCAAAAACCUGAACGAAUUUGGAGCAGAGAACAUCACCUCCUACUUUGUGGAGUUCUGUGUCAGAGGAGAGGAGGAAUGGAAGCAAAAGAAAGUGCUGAAAGCUGGAGAAGUCACAGUGAGCGAUCUGAGUCCAAACACAGAGAGCUCAAAGUACCCAGUACUGGACUCCUCAGAGACAGCAGCAGCCCACUCUGCUCUCUCCAGUCACCCACUGCAGGAUUCACACUCAGAGACGGGAAGGUGUACUCAUGGCCGUCUGUCCAACGCUCAGCCAGACCCCGACUCUGAGCAAAGGCCCUGA